AUGUUUAGGACGUACGAAGAAGACACUUCCGGUAUCCCUAGUGCAACAUGUGCGUAUGAUGUUUAUUGCUUUGGGAAGAUUUUGCUCGUGCUAGUAACAGGCGAGCUGAGUAUCAGCGGUUGUAGUAAUUCCUCGACCGAGAAGUGGUUAGAAACAACAUUAACUUACAUCAGUAGGUCGGACAAGGACCUCGUUACAAAUAUUGUGGAUCCGUCAUUAGUUGUAGACGAGGAUUUGUUGGAGGAAGUAUGGGUGAUGGCCAUUGUUGCCAAGAUUUGCCUCGACCCCCAGCCUAGAAAGCGGCCCGGUAUGAAGUAUAUUCUUAAAGCUUUGGAAAAUCCUUUGGAGGUGAUAAGGGAAGAAUAUAUUAGCUCCAAUAGCACUACUUCCUCUGCAGAAUUAUGGACUGCUUCUCUGUUUGGCAGCUGA